AUGAGCAACACCCAGUCCGAUCAAUCCAUGAUGGCGUCAGAUACCAAGUCAAUGGGUGUUUGGGCCGAUAUCAAACAAUAUCGAAAAGCAUAUCUCCUCACUGCUGUUGCUAGUUUUGGAGGUAUGCUCUUCGGUUGGGAUACGGGUCUCAUUGGCGGUGUCUUGACCAUGCACUCGUUCAAGAACUCGUUCGCUCUUAACGGCGACCCUGCUGCGUAUGCCAACUUGUCCGGAAACAUUGUAUCCGUCCUCCAGGCUGGAUGCUUUGUUGGAGCUGCUGCUAGCUUUUGGGUCUCUGACACUUUUGGUCGAAAGUCUGCCCUGCUCUACGCCGAUAUCAUCUUUAUCAUUGGCAGCUUGCUUCAGACUUGCAGCGCUAUUGGCAAUCGCUCGCUUGCCAUAUUAUAUGUGGGCAGAGUCAUUGGUGGCAUUGGUGUAGGCCUCAUCAGUGCUGUGGUACCCACCUACAUUGGAGAGAAUGUGAACAAGGAAAUCAGAGGUCGCUGCAUAGGAACAAUGCAGCUCUUCAAUGUGACGGGUAUCAUGCUCUCGUACUUCGUCAACUACGGCGUGACUCGAUCCAUCUCAAACGAUAACGAUGCUCAAUGGCGAGUACCCUUUGCUCUCCAGAUGCUGCCCGGUGUGCUUCUCCUCAUCGGCAUCGUCUUCCAGAACGAAAGUCCAAGAUGGCUAGUAGAGAAAGACCGCCACGAGGAUGCCGCUCGAGCACUCGCCCAUGUACGCGGUCGCUCACAAGACGAUCCCAUCGUAACCAAAGAGCUGGACGAGAUCAUAGCCGAUUUCCAAAGCCACGAGAGAAUUUCGUGGUUGGGACAAUUCAGAACAGUUUGCUCUGACCGAAAGUACUUUUACAGGUACUCGAUGGCUAUCAUUCUUAUGAUGUUCCAGCAAUGGACAGGGACGAACUCGAUCAAUUACUAUAGCCCUUUGAUCUUCAAGUCUAUUGGAUUGGGCUCGUCUGCUGGCCUCUUUGCUACGGGAAUCUAUGGUGUGGUCAAGGUUGUUGUUACCGCUUUGGCUUUGGCACUUAUGACAGAACAACUCGGCAGGAAAUGGAGCUUGAUCAUCGGUGCUCUCGGACAGGCCUUUGCCAUGUUCUAUAUCGGCAUCAACCAAGCCGUCAACCCAGUAGUCGAAGGCGCACCUCUGAAUGGCAACAGCAUCUUCGCCAUCAUAUCGGUGUACCUGUUUGUCGUCUUCUACAGCGUAGGAUGGGGUCCAAUCCCAUUCAUCCUUGCUUCCGAGACAAGUGGGUUUAAANNGCCUAACCACGUUCGCUCCUUGGUCAUGGCAUCAGCAUUGAUGUGCCAAUGGGCCUUCAACUGCGUAAUCGCCAGAAUAACCCCCGUCAUGCUCAACAGCAUCACCUACGGCACAUUCCUAAUCUUCGGUAUUUGUUGCAUCUUGAUGGCCAUCUAUACAGUAUUCUGUAUCCCAGAAACCAAAGGCGUGCCUCUCGAGUCAAUGUCCCUGCUCUUCGAAGGCAACAUCAUCAAAGGAGCAACUUACGACAUAAUCCCAGCCUACUCUCGCGCAAAGUCAUUGCAAAACGCCACAAAUGUGUCAGAAGGAGAUGAAGAAGAGGGUAACAAACUAGAUUUCUCUGCCAUCCAUGUUGAGAGAACGAAAGGUGUUUAA